CGAAUCAACCCACGAUAUGGUCAUGGAUCAAGUUGAGCGUGUCUACCGACGGGAUUGGCCAAUGAAUUGCUACCUGAACCUACUACCCUACGAACUUCUCCACCCGAUCUUCGAAGAUGUUCUGAAGUACCACAUCAAUACAUCAACAUUUUGGCGAAAUGGUCAUAUCUUUAUCGAGGAUGAUCUUGAACCUUUAUACUUUGGAAGGAUUUACGGCGGAGACUACGAUGAUCACUUAAAAGGACUUCGCUAUAACGUGGAUAAGCAGCUUCCGCCCUUGGAGCUAGCCCUUAUUCCGGAGAGAGGACUCUAUCACCAGUUCUUCUACAUGAGAAUGCAGCGUUGUGUUCUAGUUCUCCGCCCGUCGUUGUCGUUUGAUUGGUCAGAGGCAUUUUCUGUCCUUUAUGAGAACUGGGAGGAAUCUCAUAAGAGUCUUGUUGCGGAUGAAAAAGCCGAGGAAGAAUUUUGGUCCACGAUCCCAAACGAUAUAGCGUGGACCGGGGGGCCCAAUCCGGAAGAACAUGACGAUCGUUGGCCCUCUAUGUGGUUGUGUGUAGCUGAUAAGCUACGAAGCCCCAGGCGAUGGCAUUGGGAAUACCCGUCUUUGAAAUUUCUGUCUCCACUGAUGAGAUCUGGAUGUAGGCCAAUGAAGCUAUACAUACUGUAAGUAAACCUUUGUUUCGUGGGGACAUGCUAUUCUCUGAUAUUCGAUUUUAGUGGAAAAGAUAUGACUGAUGAAUACUGGUUUGGGGACGAGAUUGAUUUGCACACGGGACCGAAAGCCUUUAUUGCCAUAGAUCAAUUCUUCCAAGAUGUAUGCUUCAUCAACAGCUUCAACAAACCCAAAGUUAAUUGAAGAUAGGCAACGACGUUUCUUCCUGAUCAGAUUGACAAUUUGACAAUCCAAUUCGAUGAGAUUUAUGGAAACGGCUGGAGACACGCACGUUUCAAGAGCCAAUACUCGCACAUCCGCCAGGCACUCGGAGGUUUCCUAGCUCGCCUCCAUGUUACCAAGGUUACACUCAGAGAGAUUUGUUCUCGUGAAGAAGUAUAUGAAGUGAGCAAAGGGGAUUCGCAGGCUGGAUAUCGGGGUGAUUUCGCAGACGGUAUCGGCCUAUCCCUUAGAUGCAUCGUAUGUACGUUUCGAUUUUUGAGUUUACCAUUCCCUCUUUGAGCGCUCGGAGCGGUCGG